GGGAGCCGCAUUUAAGGACGGGCGCCCAGCCGAGGUGUGUUCAGCGCCGCCGCCCCUGCCGUCGCCGCUCCGCCGCCAUGAAGGGAGGCACCAAGUGCAUCAAGUACCUGCUCUUUGGCUUCAACUUCAUUUUCUGGCUUGCAGGGACAGCAGUUCUUGCAAUUGGACUAUGGCUUCGAUUUGAUUCGCAGACCAAAAACAUCUUUGAACUGGAAUCCAACAACACAACAUUUUACACUGGAGUUUACAUCCUUAUUGGAGCUGGUGCACUUAUGAUGCUGGUUGGUUUCUUGGGAUGCUGUGGUGCAUUGCAGGAAUCUCAGUGUAUGCUUGGCCUGUUCUUCCUCUUCCUUUUCGUGAUUUUUGCCCUUGAAAUUGCUGCUGCAAUCUGGGGAUUUGCAAAUAAAGAAAAGGUUAUUGAAGAGUUAAAGGACUUCUACAUGGAAACAUAUCAAAAGCGAUCUGAAGCAGUGUCCAGAGAGACCCUGAAAGCAUUUCAGUUAGCUCUAGACUGCUGUGGUAUUACAGGAGCUCUUGAGCAGCAGUUCAUGGACACCUGUCCAAAGAAGCCCGUGGUUGAGUCGCUUACAGUAAUGUCGUGCCCUGCUGCCAUCGAUGAUGUCUUCAAUUCAAAACUGAAUGUGAUUGGAGCAGUUGGUCUUGGCAUUGCUGUAAUAAUGAUUUUCGGCAUGAUAUUCAGUAUGGUUCUCUGCUGUGCUAUCCGCAAAAACAGAGAAAUGGUCUAACAGCUAAAAACCCAAGACUGCUGCACUAUAAAAUCUUUGUCAUUAACUUCAGCGUUCUGAAAGCAUUUCUAAAGUUAUAUAUUUGUUACCUUUUUAAUGCUUUAUUUGGUACUGAUGUAGGUUUGCUUUUUGUUAUAGGUUAAAAUGAGAAAGGUAUAUCUGACUCAAGACAAAUAUUGUACAUAAAAUAUCUGACUUUCUUGAAACUUACAUAAUUUGGAUGUAAUUUAUGUUGGAGACAAUUUGAUACUUAAUAAAGAGUAAGAUAUAUGUUUGUGGGGGA